GGGCCACACCUGGCCCUACCUGGCCAGGGCCCUCGAUCUUAACACAAGGGACGGGUGUUACGUGCCGUGUGAGGGCGACUGCGAGCUGACAGAGUGGGCGUCGUGGUCUCACUGCCACAGGGACUGUUCCAGAGGACACCAAGGAGGUACUCAGGCGAGGUCGCGAGCGGUGUUGACGGAGGGGUCGACGGUGGGCGUGGAGGGGCGCCGCUCCUGCCCGGGGCCCAUGUGGGAGACGAGGCCCUGUCUGGCGGGCCCCUGCUUCACCUUCACCUGGCGGGCCCUCAACGGUACCGUCCAGUGUGUGCGAAGCGACGGACUCCUGGCCACCGGAGGGUGUGAGGGCCAGCCACUACCCUGUGAGCCGCAGUGUUCAGUCAGAGGGUCGCUGUGCUCCGCCGUCGGCGCCUGCGUCUGCCGCCAGGGUCUGCGGCCCCUCUACUCCGAGAAGCAGCGCUUCCGUCUCACCAGCUGCGUCCCUGUCCGCAACCUGUCCUUCCCCCUGCCUCAGCCUCUGUCCGGGGCCAAGUACCUGCCAGAGGACAUCAACGUGUGGAUGUUUGCCAUGGUGGCCGUCGGGAGCGCCUUCCUCGUCUUCGUCGCUAUCUCCAUGUACCUCCUGUGCCAAAGUCCUCGAGAGCAGGCGACGACGCCACUGACUUUGAGACGCCAGAAAAACCUUCGACAUCGUCCCGUGUGAAGACCACCAUCGCCCAGUGUGAAGGCUCCCAUAUUCCCGUGUGAAGGCCACCAUCGCCCCGUGUGAAGGCCAGGACUUCCCUCCACUGUUACUGGGGGUUCUUCUGACUCUCAGCAUCUUUAAAUACAAACAUUUACAAUAACAAUGAAGACCUACCAAAAGUUUAUAUAUAAGUAGACCUGAGCAAGAAAAUUGUGCAUUAGUUUGAGGUGAAACUUAAGUGAGAUGCAUUAGUUCACGCUGAUUCACACAUGAUUUAAAUUGUUCCAGACCGACCCAAGCGUUAUAUAUAUAUUGGUCAAAGUCAUGUGUUUCAUAUCGACUAAUUUAGAUGCGAAAGUGAAUACAUUAGUUAAGAGUGUUGCAUAAUGGUCCAGAGUGCUUCACCUUCCCUUGCUAGUGCUUGUGCAAGUGACAGUGUCCCGCCACUCACCGUUUAGACAAGUGCAUAGUGGCAAAACUUGAUUUAAUCAUAGAAACUUGUUGAAGCAGCUUCUUGUGGGAUGCAAAUCCUUCAGUGCAACAUUCUCUUAGUUUUGUAGCAGACAGAGGCAGAAGAGUCGCAAAAGAAAACACUAAAUACACACACUUGAUGGUGCCUGUGCCAAUGAGUGUUGUCAUACCUGAUGCUGACUGUAGCAGUGAGUGUUGUCUGCGUCACAAGUGGCACAUAAACAUAAAACAACUGGUAAGCCACACACACAAGAUCUUAACACAGCACCACUGUGCAUGGGUAAACUAGAAAGACAUUGCCCUUUCAGUCCAUUCAGUUACGUCUUCUAAAGUGUGCAUAAUUUUUGGAAGCAACUUUCUUUGUUUAUGUUAGUCAUUAAAGUGAAGACGUCGUCA